UGCUCUGAAGGAUUACAUAAAGAGCUUUCUGCUGAUCCAGAAGAUUCUGCAUGUUCCUCAAAUCACCUGAGAAGAUCAAACUACAGGUCACUUGCAGAAAGAUUACCAGUUGUUCAUUAAAAACAGCUUAAACCAGGUGGGACCAGAGAAACGCUCAGAUCCAACAUACAGUUGAACAGCUAACAGUCUUCAAAAAACCUGGAGCUUUCCUUCAUCCUCAGCCUCAUCUUUCAGAGAGGAAACUUUAUAGGACCCUCAUCAAUAUAAGAAACAUGACAGAGCAUGUGCUCAGCAGGGAUCAGACGGUCUGAUAUCGGCAGACUGUGAACUGGCACAGUGUGAGACAGAGGUCAGCACUUUACUGCAGAUUAUCUCUGACCUCAACAGGAAGAUGGACUCGCUAAUACCACGAGAAACCCAAGCAUGUGAAGCUCCGGUACAGGUCAGUGGGUGCGUUAUCCAGCCGAGUCUGACGUCUCCAGCAUGCAGCCUCGCAGCGGUGGACACUGGCACAACAUCUGUGGAGCCUGAGACCAGGAAAAAGUCCAAGAGCUCAGAAGGGGGCAGCAGUGAUCCUUGGACAGAACUGCAGCAGAUUCUUGUUGCUCUGGAGACCUCUAGUGGCCAGGGAAGGAAGAUGCACAAUCUUCAGACUCAGGAUGCCGAGAGAGUCCAGGCCAAUCAUCUGUCUGCAGCCCAAGAGACCUGGGUUCAUGCCACACAGGUGCUGGAGGAGAUGGAGAGUGAUCUGGGGAUCACGUACCCCUCUGCUUUGCCCCCUGAUGAGAGACGACAGUACCAGCGGGACACCCUCUCACUGUACAAACAGAACCAAGACCUCAGCGCCUCCUUGAAGAGCCGUCAGGAAGAACUUAAGGGUGCUGAAAGGACUCUGGUGGACCUUGAAGAUGAAAAGAAUUGGCUACAACAAAAGUUAGCGGAUCUUAAGAAGAAAUGGAUGUACAGAGUGAGUCAGUCUCCUCCUCUUAGUCCAUCACUAACCUCCAGUCGAACCUCGAGCCCUUGCUUCUCCUCACCCCCGUAUCCUGGAUCUCCUCUGCUGCCCCGGAAGCUGUCCAGCUCCUCCCCGGACUCUCCUCCGUCCCCCCGCACUGUUGAUUCUGUGCUGCAGUCUGAGAUUGACAAACUGCAGAGGUGUUUGGAGCGUCUGAAAGCUCGAAAUGAGCGCCUGAACGCGGCUCUGUUCAGAAGGAAAGGAGAAUCAGAACAGCUGAGUAUGAGUCUCAGUCGUCACGAGGCCGACAGCUCCGCUCUACACAUGGCUUUAACUUACUGUGAGGAGUGUGAAGAGGCUUACAGUGACCUGUAUUCCUUGUACGAGGCCAAACUACAACAGAACGCAGAUGCAUUUAGACCUCAGUCCGACGCCUCAAUGUCACCGGUGGAAAAAAUAGACUUGAGAAUAAAGUCAUCCUCCAGUACACCAGAGGGCACAACUGAGCCAAGACCAGGCAGUUUGUCAGAGGAGGAGUUUGAAGAUAAGACAGGUGUUAUUCUGCAGAGGAUCUCCAGGCUGAAACAGGACAGGGCGGGUGUGUGUAUCCCACAGCAAGGCGAGGCGGGUGAGGGCAAGAUCAGCCCUGACACUGGCACGCUUGCAGGGGUCAGAGGUCGCACCAAUUCGCUUUCCAAAAACACCAAACAGGAGAAAGCUGCUCUGAUGUAUGAACUGGUUACAGUCAGGGAGGAGAUGUCAGAGCUGCGUGGGAACCUCAGGCUCCUGGAUAAGGACAGGAGGUGUUUGGAGUUGGCGCUGAUGGUUCAGAGUGACCAGGACUCCGCUGAAGCUCUGAUUCUGGACAGUCUGAGAGAAGAGCUGUCAGAUAGGAGAGCCACCCAACAGAGAAUUGCUGAAAAUCGAGUAAAACUGGACAGUGGAGGUGGGAUACCAGGCCCACGCAAUCACUCUCUACUGAGAGAGCUACAAGCAGCCCUGCAGAGAGAGCAGGCGAUGAGGAAGAGGGUGACGGCUUUACGUGAAUCUCUGGACUCGACGCUUACAGACAGCACUAACCAGAGGAGAAUCAACCGAGAUGAGAUCGCACGCCUGACACUGCGAUUCAAUAAGAUCUUAAGCACCUACAGGAAUUCCCGUAAGAAACACCAGGAGCAGCUGUGGCGGCUGGAGAAACAAAUCUUGUCCAUGAGCGAACGCUAUGCCACCCGAGAGGCCGGGCUGAACGCCACACUGGAGGCUAUAGAGUGCAGGAAAGAAGAAACAGUGCUGUAGAAAACACUGUUCAUAUACACUAAACUGAAAACAUUGGAUGAAUUAACCCACAGACUUACACUGAAGGAGAAACCUAUACUAUGUAUAUUUAUGUGCUGUAUCUUAUUUCAAAGGCCGCAUCCUCUGAACGUCGCAUUUGUCAGAUGCAUAAUACAUCAUCAAGGUAGUCCUAUUUCAGAAAAUUAACCAUUACAUUUCAAGGUAAGAAAAAAAUGGCAGUGAUUUUGCCUCACUCGAAAAAAAUGCUUUUUAUAAACCAGUUUUUAUUAACUUC